UUCCUUUCCAGAAGGAGCGUGGUGAAGAUGGCGUCGCAAAACUCGGUGCCGAGUGAUCUGUACAAAUCCGUGUACACAUUUCUCUUGGAAAAUAAAUUCACUAAGGCGGCCCAGCAGUUCCUGAAGCAAACAAAAGUUAAUCCCCAAGAUCAAAAUGAAGAGAGCCUGGUCAACAUUUACGACUUCUGGGUGAAGUCACCUGAAGCCAAGAAGCGAAAGGCACCUCCAAAUGAACCUGGAGGUGCAAGUGGUCCGUCGGCCAAGAAAGCGAAAACCAAGGCAGAAAGCUCCAGCAGCGAGGAGUCGAGCAGCGAUGAAGAAGCUGUUACUAAACCGACGAAGCCAGCUGCAGCCAAAGCAGCGCCUGUGAAACAGGGAGCCGCUAAAGCUGCAGCUAAAGCUGCGUCCAGCAGCAGUGAAGAGACCAGUGACUCAGAGGAGGAGCAGGCCCCCGCAAAGACUCCUGCAAAGCUUCCAGUUAAAGGGCCAGUUAAAGAGACACCAGCUGCUGCUGCUCCGGGCACCACAAGGAAAAAGGACAGCAGCUCCAGCAGUGAGGAGUCCGACUCUGAGGAAGAGCAGCCUGCCAAAGCUCCUGCAGCAAAAACCAAAAGUGGGGCUAUCGCCACACCCAAAGCAGCCGUGCCGCCCAAAGGGGCAGCUCAGAAGAAGCAGGAGAGCAGCAGCAGUGAAGACAGCUCCUCAGAAUCUGAAGAUGAGCAACCCGCCAAGGCUGCCAAGGCGCCAGCCAAAGCUAUACCAGUAAAGAAGGCAGUGGCACCAGCUGCCGAAUCGAGCAGUGAAGAGUCUUCGUCUGAAGAUGAAGCUCCACCGAGCAAGAAACCCAAAGCAGGAGCAUACAGUGCCGUCCCACCCCCUGCCUCAGUCCACAAAGCUCCUCCUGCACCAGCCGUCAAGAAAGCCAAGGCCGACGACUCUUCAGACAGCAGCGACGACAGCAGUGAUGAAGAAAAGAAAGCUCCCGCAAAACCAGCACCAGUGAAGAAGGCCAACGCAAAACCUGCUGCAGCCAAACCUGCUGCAGCCAAACCUGCUGCAGCCAAACCUGCUGCAGCCAAACCUGCCGCAGCCAAACCUGCCGCAAAGAAGCAGGAGUCCAGUUCAGAUAGC